CAUGUACCUAUCUCGGGUCUUUGCUAGUAAGUGCUAGAAAGUAAUGAUGAAACCCAGAGAAAUAAGUUUUGCCGACGUGUGUUUGAGGGGUUUAUUACUGUAACUUUGGUUUGGUGUUAAAUUAGCUCUCCCUAUAUUCGGCUUAGUGGCAUUUUUAACCAGGAGAGGAACUUUAGUGUUAGCAUUAGCCGAAACGGCUCUGAGGAAGGAGGAAGAUCUGAACUCUUAUCAGGUUUCAGGAUGUACAGGAGACAGAGGAGUUCCCACCUGGGCUUGCUGAUGCUGGCCUCCCAGUUAUUCCAGAUCGGUCUGGACAACAUUCCCCCCGUCACUCUCGCAAUCCUGGGUCUUAACGUAUACCUUUUCCUCUUCCCAGCAGCUCCUCUCUUAAAGACUUGUGUGAGCGUCCAGCAGGCGUACUGGUUCAGCGACUGGCGCCGGCUGCUUCUGUCCCCGUUCCACCAUGUGGAUGACUGGCAUCUGUAUUUCAACAUGGCAUCCUUUCUAUGGAAGGGGACCAAGCUGGAGCGUCGGUUAGGUGGAGCCUGGUUCCUCUAUGUGCUCUCAGUCUUUUCUUUGCUCACCGGAUUGGUCUACCUGCUGCUGGAGGCAUUGCUAACAGAACUGACUGAUGACCAGUCGUACAGCAUGGCCUGUGCUGUUGGCUUCUCAGGUGUCUUGUUUGCACUCAAGGUGCUCAAUAACCAUUACCACCCAGGAGGUGCGACUUAUCUGAUGGGUCUGCCAGUGUCUAACCGCUAUGCUAGCUGGGUGGAGCUUGUACUUAUCCAUAUAACUUCCCCUGGGACGUCGUUUGUUGGUCACCUAGCAGGAAUCCUGGUUGGUCUGCUCUACACCUCUGGACCACUGAAGACCAUCAUGAAGAGAUGUGCAGAUUUAGUCACGUCUAACGGAUAUAACUCUCAUCGCAGUGCGUACUACAGCUCUGCCGGCACUUCAGGUUAUGGCGGCAGUAAUGAGCAAUACUCUGGGAACUCUUAUUACCCACCGCAUCCAAACACAGAUCAUACAGCAUCAUAUACAGGGGGGCUGACAGAAGAGCAGCAGAUAGAAGCAGCGAUUAGAAACAGUCUGAAUGACAGAGGACAAACCGGCGUGAGAGAAGGUCCUCCUCCUUAUGGGUUUAACGUCUCUCAGGGGACCAGUGCUGAGGAGAUCAGGUGGAGGAGACUGAGGAGGUUUGACCGCUGAACUUUCAGGUGGCAGCAGAGAAGAAGGUGGUUUUGGUGGCUGACUAGCGAAAGCAAGAAGGUACUAAGGAAGAUGGGCCUGAUUAGAGCAAUAUCGCGUCAGCUUCUCACCAUUAAGAGAUGUUUUUGACUCUGAGAAUUAAUGAGUCAAUACCAGCCAGAGGGAAAACUGUUGAUGAGGAGAUGCUGUUAAUAUAUGCGCAGUGAAAUAUCCAGGAGAUGUACAGCUUCUUAGCUUUGACUUCAGGAGAGAGUUUGGAAGAAUUUCUGAAACGGGAAAAUGCUGAUGAUCCAAUUUGCUUUUUAUAUUCCUUGUUUGUUUCUUUUAUAUUCCUAUUGUGAACCUUUUCUUCAGAUACAUCAAACAUUUUUCAGCUUUAUAUCAGUUUAUGUUCAUCAGCUUAGAGAUGUUACAGUUUGUUGAAUACUAAAGGAAGCACUGAGAGGCUGCCAAUGAGUUCUGAGGAUUGUUGAUUGAAGAAGUCAGUAAUUCCUAAGUUUACAUGAGUAUUUGACAAGCUUUUACUCUUUUUAUAAGUCUUUAAAAAUACAUUAUGUUCCAACUGAGGCAACUGAGUGUUUGAUUGGAAAUCCUAACAAACCUUUAUCUUCUAAGGACAGCGGAUUGAGCUUAACUCACAGGCUCCUGGAGAAGCUGUCAGACUCUGAAGCUGCAGCUCUCUUCUUGCUGUUCAUGAAGUCUUGAAUUAAAUGUGUUUAGUUAUCUAAAUAUUUGGAUGUUCUGCCUAAUUUUGUAUCACUUGUAAAAAAAAAUGUUAAAGGCCUUUAAAUAAAU